CUCACCGCAAAUGGAGCGUACAGUUCUGUCACACACAGCUUUUCUCUCUUUCAUGAAGGCUGCUCUCUCUGUUUUCUUGUCGUCUUCCCUUCCUUUCGCCGGGAUAUUUUACUUUAGUUUUCCCUCCACGGGGUAUUUCAGUGAGUGGAUGAUAUCAACACAGACUCCGCGAGACUCCAGCAUCACGACAGAGCGGCGCGAGCCAGGAGAGGAGGAGGCGCGCGCGAUUAAAACAAAAUAAAGAAGAAGAAGAAAUAUAAAAUCUGCGUGGAAUACAAACAACACAGCGGGAAUUUAUCUGGAAUCCCGGCAAGUUUGGACGGAUUUCACCUCAUUUUACGGUACAGGUGCGUAAAGGGGACGCACAGCUGCAGCUGGCUGAUGGUUGGCAGUUUCGUCGAGAGGACUGAGUGCCUCUGAGCAAGUGUCAGAUGAAGAUGAAGUCUGCAGGUGUGGUGGAUGGAGGACUGUUCACAGAGAGCUACUGUAACAUCUGCAAUGCACAGCUCAUUUCUGAAUCUCAGCGCAUCGCUCACUAUGAGAGUAAGAAACAUGCCAACAAGGUGCGUCUCUUCUACAUGCUCCAUCCUGAAGACGGAGGGCCACCUUCCAAGAGGCUGAGGCCGGACAACCCGGACUGUGCAGAGACGGACGUAGACAGGAACAAGUGCUGUACCUUGUGUAACAUGUUCUUCACGUCAGCCGUUGUGGCUCAGUACCACUAUCAAGGCAAAACCCACGCCAAGAGAGUCCGCUUGGUUCUGGGAGAACCGCCCAUGACCAGUCCUACAAAUACAGAUUCCUCCCCCUCCACCCCAUUGCCCACAGACCCUGCUGCAUGCCCUGCUCCCCCUGUGACCUUGCCUUGGCCUGUGCCGGUGGAUGGUGGAAACGGUGGAAGAGAAGCUGCAAAGUACUGCUGUCUGUGUGGAGCCUGGUUCAACAACCCCCUGAUGGCACAGCAGCAUUACGAGGGCAAGAAGCACCGCAGGAAUGCAGCCAGGGCACGACUCCUGGAGCAGCUAGCAGGCAGUCUGGAUGCCACAGAGAGCACAGGUCUACGCAGUAGUUACUCCUGCAGCGUCUGCAGUGUGGUCCUUAACUCCAUUGAGCAAUAUCAUGCACAUCUCCAGGGCUCCAAGCACCAGAACAACCUGAAGCAACACCAAGAGUAAGCCACUCAAACAGUCUGCUACAGAAAGAAGAACAGAUGAAUAGAGAGAUAACUGAAAUAAAACAACUUCAGCAAAGAAGACUUGUGCUGGAACCUUCAGUGCACAUGUACGAACGUGUGUGUGUGUAUGGGUGUCUCGGGCUUCCAUGCACGCACCUGGAGUAUGCAUGCGUGGGUCAUUGUGGGUGUUUUGUAUCUUUGAUCUAAAAAUAUGUGAGAUUUAUUCUGCACCGAAGUGUUUGAUGCAAGUUUCUGCACCAAUGCGGCUGCAUAUUGCCAUAUUAGUCCUGUGUGAACCACAAUCCUAAAA